AUGAAUAAAAACAUCUUAUUCGCUAUUGCUGGUUUGGCCUUAUUGGCUACUGCCACCACUAUCCUCUUGACCAAGACUCACCACAAUACUCAAGAAGAUUAAAAUAUCCAAGCUCUCUGGUCUGCUUUCAAGACUAAGUACAACAAGAAGUACGCUGAUCCCGACUUCGAACGCUACAGAAUCGAAAUCUUCACUGAAAACCUUAAGGUUGUUGAAAGCAACACCAAGAACUAUGGUAUCACCUAAUUCAUGGAUAUUACCAGAGAAGAAUUCAAGUAAACUUACCUUACCUUGAAGAUGAAGAAUGGUCUUAAGGCUUCUCCUUUCGCUAAAUUCAACGAUGCUGGUGUCGAAAUUGACUGGACCACUAAGGGUGCCGUCACUCCUGUUAAGGAUUAAGGUCAAUGCGGUUCUUGCUGGUCUUUCUCCACCACUGGUGCUGUUGAAGGUGCUCUCUUCCUCUCUACCAAGAAACUCACUUCUCUCUCCGAAUAAUACUUGGUUGAUUGUUCCAAGGACGGUAACGAAGGUUGCAAUGGUGGUCUUAUGGACACUGCUUUCGACUUCAUCUCUCAACAUGGUAUCCCCACUGAAGCUGCCUAUCCCUACAAGGCUGUUGAUGGUACCUGCAAGAUGACUUCUGGUCCUUACAAGAUUUCUUCUCACACUGACAUCUAGGACUGCAAUGAUUUAUUGAACAAGAUCUAAAAGCAACCCAUUGCUAUUGCCGUUGAUGCCAACAACUUCCAAUACUAUCAAAAGGAUAUCUUCUCUGACUGCGGUACUGAAUUGGACCACGGUGUUCUUUUGGUUGGUUAUUCCGCUUCAGGCAAAUACUGGAAGGUUAAAAACUCUUGGGGUCCUAACUGGGGUGAAAGCGGUUUUAUCAGACUUGCUGCUGGUAACACUUGCGGUCUCUGCAACAUGGCUUCUUUCCCCAAUGCUUGA